UGCUACGCUCUCCUGUGCGCUAGCAGGAUCAGCUAGCUGCCAGCUACGCAGUAAGGAAAACUAAGAAACUCUCCAGAGAAGAAGAGGAGUUCCCCUUCACUUUGACCACAUUUAGUCUUUGCACAAGACAUUAACUGACAUUAACUUACCCAAUUCUUAAAGAUAGACACCUGCUUCAUUCUUUAUCUUGACUCAGCUGUACUGAGAGAGCGGCUCCCCUUUGUGACAUCAUGUCUCAGAAGUCGCAGUCAGACGGCAGUCAGAAACACUUCGCUGUGGGUCGGGGGCUCCUGGCUGCCGCAGAGACCUUGAACUUCAGCAUGAACGAGCAGAGAUCCAGCCGGCAGAUGGGGGGCAUGGCCUCAGGUGUGGGGGUGGGCAGUGGUGUGGAGGGCCAGGAUGGCAGCGGUCAGAUGUCCCGGCGUGGCGGGGGCAGCAAUCUUGGCAGCACCAUGAAGCUGUUUGCCAGUUUAGGGCUGUCGCCCUCUGACCUGGACGCUCUGGCUGAAAUCCCAGAGGAGGACAUCAGCGUGGAGACGCUGCCGCACAUCCUCAUGCAGCUCAAGAACCGCAAGGGGGACGCAGGAGAGCGUCGGGGGGCGUCCUCCAUGUCCUCUGAUGCUGCAUAUCGAGGAGGGAGGGACAGCUGGGACAACGUGCACAUGGGGAGGAUGGACGGUCCUUCUCUGGCUCAGGGUUCAGCCCGGGCCCAGCCCUCUACUGACUUUGGGUACAGUUCCCUGCAGGACGUCUCCUCCAGCCGCGGCUAUGGCUUGAAUUACAGCAGCAGCGGGAGUGGGAGCAGAGAGAGGCCGUAUUCUGAACUUUCCCAUCACGAUUCCUACAGUGGGCUCGGCAUGGGGCCGCCGUCGUCCGACUCCGUCUUUAUGCAGAGGAGGAUGGGCUCCCCAUCAAACGGAAAAGUCCAAGACUUCUUGGGAGUCAUGCCCCCCAUGUUCCCCCAUGUGUGCUCUCUUUGUGACUUUGACGUUCAUUCCACCAUGGAGUGGAACCAGCACAUUAACGGACUCCGACAUGCUGAGAACAGACGACAGCUUCUCGACAUGUACCCAGACUGGGACCCUGGUAUGGCCUCUGGCAGAGGUGGGGGGGUACUGGAGACCCCCAACCUGUCUGCAGGACUACUGGGACCCGCCCCCAUGUCUUCAGCUCAGACAGCAGGAGGGAUGUCCUCCAGCUGGGGAGGAGGUGGAGGUCCCGGUCUGUCAGGAAACAACCAGCUGGGACAGAAUAAGCUGAGGAGCAGAGUGGUGGUGGUGAAGUACGACAGGAAGCCUCUCAGCAACAAGACUCUGUUCGCCUUCACCGAGCCGUUCGGCUGCCUGAGGGAACACCUGGUCCUGAAGAACAAGGCCUUCCUGGAGAUGAACAGUCACGAGGAGGCUCAGGACAUGGUGAACUACUACGAGCAGCAUCCGGCGUCUCUGUACGGCAAACCCAUCACCUUCUACCUGUCCAAGAGGCUGAUGGUCAUCGAGAAGGACGAGCGGUCCUCGGACAGGUCGAGGGACAGACCUGUCAGGGAGGUCAAAGGUCACGGCAGCCAGGUGGUUUUCUUCUCCAACCUGCCCAGAGAGGAGGAGAAGAAGAAGGAGCUGCUGACCAUUGCUAGACGCUUCGGCGUCGUGGAGAAACACCUGUUUUUAACUGACCAGGCGUUUGUCCAGCUGGGAACCCCGGAGGACGCAGAGAUGCUGGUGAAGUAUUACAGCGUGAACCCCCUGAACAUUAAAGGAAGACCCAUCCGCCUCAACAUCUGCACCAAGUACAAAACGCUCACGGGGGUAUCUGGAGACGAGUCGCAGCCAGAGGAGCAGCGGAAGAACGCCUUCCUCCUCCUCCCCAUCUUCUGGAACCAGGACCUCUCUCAAUUUCCGGACCUCCUCCUCCAAUAUUCCGCAUGCCAGCUCCAUGGACUCAGAGAGAGGAGAAAGAAGAAGGAGGAGGAGGAGAACAGAGGGAAAGCUGAGGAGGAACCUGCCGGUAGAGGAGGAGGAGGUGUCGGAGUCGAACUGGAGGGGGAGGACGGAGGGGAGGGGGAGGGGGAGAGAGCAGGAAUUACGGAUGGAGCAACUAAAGAGGGAGGUAGCCUGAGAGGGCGAGUCUGUGAAGGAGACGGGUUGGAAGUCGUCUUCAGGAACCGUUCAAGACGAGCAUGGUUUCAGACAGUGAAUGGAAUGUCAGAUGACACACUGGACAUCAGUGCGGGGACUGAAGGUGAGGCCAGGCAGGGGGCAGGAGGUCAGAAGGGAAUGAGGGUGGUGAACAUCGUGGGCUUAGACGAGGAAUACAACUUCCUCACCGAGCUGCUGGGACUUGCCAAACCUUUUGGGAAAGUGGCGUACUUCAUUUUGCCACAGAAGAAGAAGCUCCGAGCGAUGGCCAAGUUCUACAACAGUAACGUGACGGCGUCGGUGUGCGGUAGAGCCGGUCCCAGUGGCGGCUCCAUGCAAGGGGUGGUCUACGUGGUUGAGAUGGACAAAGCCGAGGACGCGCAGAGAGAAUGGCUGAAAGAUUGCAAAAGUUUAAAUCACCAAAGUUCAACGGAAACGUCUGUGGCUCCUACGUCAGCAGGAAGUACAGGACAGCUCAACACGGCUGCAGGAGUGAAGGACCAGGAGAAGGAGCAGAAAUAUCUGAGAAAGGAGCAGAUGAAGGGCAGAGAAGGAAGAAAGGGUAAGAAGACGACCGUCAUGAAGACACCAAAACGCUCAGUGUGUUUGUCAGGAGGAGGUGGAGGUCCCGGUCUGUCAGGAAACAACCAGCUGGGACAGAAUAAGCUGAGGAGCAGAGUGGUGGUGGUGAAGUACGACAGGAAGCCUCUCAGCAACAAGACUCUGUUCGCCUUCACCGAGCCGUUCGGCUGCCUGAGGGAACACCUGGUCCUGAAGAACAAGGCCUUCCUGGAGAUGAACAGUCACGAGGAGGCUCAGGACAUGGUGAACUACUACGAGCAGCAUCCGGCGUCUCUGUACGGCAAACCCAUCACCUUCUACCUGUCCAAGAGGCUGAUGGUCAUCGAGAAGGACGAGCGGUCCUCGGACAGGUCGAGGGACAGACCUGUCAGGGAGGUCAAAGGUCACGGCAGCCAGGUGGUUUUCUUCUCCAACCUGCCCAGAGAGGAGGAGAAGAAGAAGGAGCUGCUGACCAUUGCUAGACGCUUCGGCGUCGUGGAGAAACACCUGUUUUUAACUGACCAGGCGUUUGUCCAGCUGGGAACCCCGGAGGACGCAGAGAUGCUGGUGAAGUAUUACAGCGUGAACCCCCUGAACAUUAAAGGAAGACCCAUCCGCCUCAACAUCUGCACCAAGUACAAAACGCUCACUGUGAACCGGAGACAGGGGGGAUCUGGAGACAGUCGCAGCCAGAGGAGCAGCGGAACGAACGCCUCCUCCUCCUCCUCCAUCUCUGGAACCAGGACCUCCUCCAACUCCAGGACCUCCUCCUCCAAAUCCUCAUCCAGCUCCAGGACCAGAGAGGAGGAGAAGAAGAAGGAGGAGGAGGAGAACAGAGGGAAAGCUGAGGAGAAACCUGCCGUAGAGGAGGAGGAGGUGUCCGGAGUGAUGGAGGGGGAGGACGGAGGGGAGGGGGAGGGGGAGGAGCAGGAAACGGAUGGAGGCACUAAGAGGGAGGAGCCUGAGAGGGCGGAGUCUGUGAAGGAGACGGUGGAGUCGUCUUCAGGAGACGUUCAGGACGAGCAGGUUUCAGACAGUGAUGAUGUCACUGAUGACACACCUGGACAUCAGUGCGGGACUGAAGGUGAGGCCAGGCAGGGGGCGGAGUCAGAAGGCAUGACGGAACCAACAGAAACUAAACCUUCGACUGAAGAACACGAGAACAAAGACGAACUGACGGCAGAACCAGGGGAGAGUUCAGAGGCCGAGGAGGGAGCUCCGCCCCCAGACGAGUUUGAUCAGGACUUCCUGGAGAACAUGGAGGACUUUGUGACGCUGGAUGAACUCGCAGAGGAAGAGGACGACGAGGAUCUCGAAGACUCUGACGCCAUCGACAACACAAGGAAAGGGGGAAUGAGGGUGGUGAACAUCGUGGGCUUCAGACGAGGAUACAACUUCCUCACCGAGCUGCUGGGACUCGCCAAACCUUUUGGGAAAGUGGUGAAACACCUGGUGCUGGACUUGAGACCUGAGGCGUACCUUCAGUUUGCCACAGAAGAAGAAGCUCGAGCGAUGGCCAAGUUCUACAACAGUAACGUGACGGCGUCGGUGUGCGGUCGACCGGUCAGGGUCAGUCACUCCAUGACCUACCCCACCAUCCAGUGCGGCUCCAGCAGGGUGGUCUACGUGGGUCAGAUCCCCAGCAGUAAAUACUCAGACGAGGCCGUCCUGAAACUCGCCGAGCCGUUCGGGAAAGUCAGGAAGUAUUUCCUCAACAGGAUCAAGAAAGAGUGCUUCAUUGAGAUGGACAAAGCCGAGGACGCAGAGAGAAUGGCUGAAGAUUGCAAAGUUAAUCCACCAAAGUUCAACGGGAAACGUCUGGUGGUCUACGUCAGCAGGAAGUACAGACAGCUCAAACACGGACAUCGAUGUCCGACCACAGUGAAGAGAGAGAGCAGCAGCAGCAUCUCUCCAACUAAGCCCUCCAAACACCCCGAAGAACCUGCAGCCAAGAAAUCCAAGCUGGAGAAGAAACUGGAGGAGAAGGAGGGAGAGGAGGAGAAACUGAAGGAGCAGGAGGAGGAGGAGGUAGAGAUGAAGAGCUCUGAGCUGAGUGGAGGUGAAGAGAAGAGAGAAGAAAACGCAGCAGAGAAGAAUCCUGAAGUUUGUGAUGAGAAACUGAAGAGCAGCGAGAUCGAGCUGCAGGAGGUGAAACAGGAGGAGGAGCAGGUGGAGACAUCGAUCAGUCAGAACGGACAGACUGAGGCGCCCCCGCCUGCUGAAAACAAACCCACCAUGGCGUCUCUGCCGCUGCGCCCCUACGACCCCGACACCCCCAUCGGUGUGGAACACGUGAAGAUGGGUUACUACUGUCGCGUUUGUUUCCUGUUUUACUCCAACGAAGACACUGCGAAGAAAACACACUGCAGCAGCCAGACGCACUACGACAAGCUGCAGAAAUAUCUGGAGAAGGAGCAGAUGAAGGCAGAGAAGAAGAAAGGGAAGAAGACGACGUCAUGAAGACACCAUGAGUUCAUCCAACCAUUUUACUUUGUAGUUUUUCUUUAGUUUGAGGUUCAGACGACGCGCACUGAUCACCGAGGAGCUUCAGCUGUAAACACGUCUCCUAGGAAACAGACGGAAGCUGAAAGACUUUGUGUUACAGAAGGUGACGAGCUGCUGAGUGGAUGGACAGUAAACAGGAAGUCAGUGAAUCCAUCACUCAUGUUUUCUCCGUCCAUGUGGAGAGUCGUUGGUGUGAAAGACAAACGAAAAUUAGUGAAUUUUUUUUCUUCCUUGAAAUGAUUCAUUAGUCAUCCACCGAGCUGCUGGUCAACUUUCAGUCAAUUGACUCAUUGAUUAUCUGUUCAGUUCUAAAUGAGACAUUUGAAGAAAAUUACAUUUUUCAUUUAUAAUUCAAACAUCGACUGAGAGUAAAAACUUCACCAGCCGUUUUCAAACUGACUGGAUUUAACUUUAACAGUGCAGUGUUACAGGAGAUGAUCACACACCAACAGCUGUUUACGUGGCCGUACUGACGUGAGCGCUGGAUUAAAAGGAACACUUCAACAUUUUGGGAAAUAAUCUUUAACUACUCUCAUUAGCUUAGCUUAGCAUAAAGACGGGAAACAGCCUGAGGUAAAUAUCUCCUUCCUGCGUUUAGGAGGAGGACCUACGUGCUGGAACUAUUUCUUCACAAACGGUGUAUCCUUCCACAAAGUGCCACUCCACAGAAGUGCUAGGUGGAUGGAUACACUGUUUGUCAAGAAGUAGUUCCAGCAGGUGAUUGUUAGUGAAUGUGAAUUUUCAUCCUGAUACAGAACAAACUGAAUGUGUUGAAUUUUUAUGUUGUUUGUUUUAUAAAAUAAACCAGUUUCUUUAAAUUA